AUGGAAGCGUCGUCGAGCAGCACUUCGGCGACGAUGGUUUCUUCCGACCCAGUGUCAUCCCUUCGUGCCGCUGCUCUGUCGACAUUAAAAAAAUCAAAACGUAGAAAAGCAGCUGCAGUGGAAAAGCCUAUACCUGUGUCUCUCCGCCCUCCCCCUCCAAGUGACUCAUUCCAACUGGAUUACGGACAGGAGGAUAACAAUGUUAAGACUGAUCCUGGUCGGCUUGUGUCCGAAGUUUCCCAAGUCAAGGAAAAGUCUCCAACCCCCAUCAUAGAUACGCAGAUGCGUGAGGAGGGAGAAAUCAGUGACGAGGAAGGUCCUCCAAACAUUCCGAUGCAGAUCGACGAUUAUGGUUUUCAAAAGUCUACUAAAUCACCUAUACCCCUCAAAUCAGUGACUCCAGAAACCUAUAUGAAUACUACUCUACACAUCCGGCCAACACCACCUCCAUUGUCACCGUCACCUAGAUCGUUAUCACCAGAAGCGCAACCAACUCGAGCACAACUACCGGCGCAAUUGCCUGAGACAUUUGUGCCUGUGUUCAAGAAAGAGGAAGAGGUUGUCAAAAUUCCAAUGCUAGGGGUUUCUGAACCCGAUGACACGGUAGAUAUCGGUCCUGAUCGCGUCAGGCCAGGCAUAGACCUAAAUCAAGAGGAUUAUGAUACCGUCAAAGGCAUUAUUCUCGAUCUUUUGGGCUGGGGAGUACCAUUCGAGUUUCUCGUCGAUUGUGGCGUCAGCAAGGAAGUGAUAUUCUAUGUUUUUAAUGAACUGGAACUUCGCCUUCCGGAUGAUUUCGAUUCCUCAGGAUUGAUUCCAUACACUCCAGAGACUAUUGCUCAAAUUCAGCAACAACCUGCAUCGAUGCCACCACCACCACCACCACCUGAGAAAGAAACUGAUCUUCUUGAGCCAAGGGCGUCUCCUAUCACAGAAGCACCACAAACUGUUUCGACGCCACCUGCUGGACCCUUGGAAUCUCUUUCACCGGUAUUGGAAAGUCCACAAAAUACGGAUCUACACGAUAUGGAAAAACAACGACGCCAGGUGCUGCUUGCACGCAAGGCCGCUGUUCAGGCAUCCCGUAAACAAAAACAACACGUGCCUGCGAAAACCUCUGUCGAAAUAUCUGCAGAAGCAAAUGAUCCAAUGGUCACCGAUUCCGAUAACAAUGACGUCGCACCGUAUGCAGUUACUGAGACUGUUGAGGAUUUUCUGAACAGCCUCAGUGCUGUAAAGGCACCAGAACCGGAGCCGUCAGCCGUCCUCAGUGUCAACCCCGAAGCGCAAAGCACUUCUAUGAAUGUCGAGCAACAGGAACAAUCGAUCACAGAUCAGGCAAUUGGACUGGAACGAGAUCAAGUUGCUAAUGGUCUGAACUCUGCCAUGUCGGAACAUUUUUCCAUCUCAUCAUCUUUUGCGGACCCUCCUCCAACGUCGGUUGGUUCGUCCACAUCAAAUUUCUCUUAUUUUUCUUCUUCCACACCGCCAACACCUGUUGAUGUCUUUCCUCGGCGAGGCUCCAAGCGACCAGUCGCUGCCGACUUUGUUGAUUUUGAUCCUGCCCCUAAACGGCAGGAACAUAUGAGUCACAUAGAACGUAUAAAUGGUACUGGGAGCAUCACACGUCGCUUGACCAAGGGCACUACCUUUCAGAAUAUCAAUUCAAGAAGGUGUGUCAUUGAGCUCAGCGAUAGUGACAGCGAGGAGGACGAGGAAGCAGAAGACCCCCUGCGGCGAUCACAACCGCAGGAAAGCUCCAUGCAAUGGAGAGAUAAACGUACUCAGCCGCCACCGCGCAAGUAUUCAUCUCCCGCACCGAUUAAGUCAGUUACAUCUGGUACGAUGUCUCCUUCCCUUGAGGAGAAGGAGCUCGAGAUCCGUAGGUUGCGGGAGUGGAUUGCGCAGCGCGAAGAGGAAACGCGGCUGCGUAAAUUGGCGCUCGCGAGGUCUGCUUCGGCAACCAAUUUGAACAACGGUGGCAUAUCAACUUCUGUCGCUCAAGCUACACCUCUCAAAUUAGAGGAAGUGGAUAUUGUGAUAUCUGCUGAGUCUGCCCCACACGUGCCGGGCAAAGAGAUCCAGAACAUCAAACCCGCCACUCCUCUCCCAGCUGCAGAAUCUCCAGUCGGCAUGUCCUCCCGCUGA